UCUCACUCGCUCAGUUACCUGCGGAGCGUGUGUGCAGGAGGGUGUAUGCGCGACGGCUGCGAGUGGGGUCUACUCAUAAUGGUUAUUUUGAUCUAGUAACGUAUACUAGAGUGACUAUUUUUAACGGUAGAUGUAGAAAAAACUGUAAUAGGUGAGUGAAAUGUGUAGUGAGUGUCCCGCGAAUAGAUAAAUCAGGGAAAGUGUGACCCAUAUCGUAAAAGGUGAUGCAUACCUGCCCGCUGCCUUGCUGCUGACCAAGGUGCACCAAACACUGCAAUAUGGGUGGCUGCGGUGGAAUAAGGAUCACCGUGUUGCUGUGUGUCUUCGUCACCUUCAUAAAAGAGGGAGUGGGCGCGGACGUGGUCAUUCAGAUCCCGUCGGAGAACAUCAGGGACCAGGACGGCCGCUACCGCCUCGACUACUGGCCCCCGCAUGGUAGCCCGCUCCCCAACACCACCUUCACACCCGCCCAGGUCUCCGGGGUGGAAUUGACACGGGCGCUCCCAGGUACCAGGUAUAAUUUCCAGCUGUACUAUACCAACGCCACCAUCAGCGACUACCCCACCUGGACGGCCUCCAUCACAACAGUGCCUGCUCCACCCAGAAAUCUUGACAUCCAGGUUCUGUCAGAAAAGAAUGCCUCUGUGACUUGGGAUCCGCCGCUCAGCGGGAGUUAUUCCGCCUUCAAGCUCAAAGUGAUCCCACCGUCGGAGCCGCAAGACAGCACCAGGAACGUGGUGAUCAAGGAGGCUCAGCUUCCUUUCAUCCUGCGAGACUUGAUUCCUGGGGCAUCGUACGAGUUGCAGCUAUACACUGUUUACGAGAAGAAAGAAAGUGAUGCGUAUAUUUCAUCUAAGUUUACCACUCGACCCAACGUGCCAGGCCGAUUCAUCGUGUGGUACAGAAACGAAACCACCAUGUUGGUGUUGUGGCAGCCGCCUUAUCCAGUCGGCGUUUACUCCCACUACCGGGUGAGCAUCAAACCAACUGACGCUUCAGAGAGUGUAUUGAAUGUGGAGAAGAAAGGGGACCCGCCAGGACCCGCUCAGGCAGCUUUCUAUGGCCUCGUCCCAGGGCGGGCUUACGAAAUCUCUGUGGAGACGGUGAGUGAAGACCAGAUCUCCAACCCCACCACCGCCCAGUACCGCACCAUCCCACUGUCCCCGCGAAACAUCACAUUCGACACCAAGACCCUCACAUACCACUCCUUCACCGUCCACUGGCAGGCUCCCAAGGGCAGAGGUGAGUUUGACCGCUACCAGCUGAAUCUGGAAGGCAAGAAGCAACCACCUAUUUUCAUCAACGCCAAUGAACCUCGAAAAGCAACAUUUGAUUCUAAUUUGGAGCCUGGUAGAACUUAUAGUGUGCUGAUUAAAACAUUCUCUGGCAAUGUUGCCUCUUGGCCUACCGCUGGGAAUGUUACAACACGUCCACUGAGUGUCCGCAGGCUAGUAGCAGAAGAAAUGGGUGAUGGACGGAAGGUGCAGCUGUCUUGGGAGCCUGAUCCAACCUCAACUCAGGAUCAUUACAAAGUUGUGUAUCAAGAGGUAGAGAGAGACAAUGGAGAUUCUCGUACCCAACUAGUGACAGAGACUUGGGCAGGGGAAGAGCUCUACCCUGGGAGGAAUUAUUCUAUUACAGUGACUGCCAUUUCAAAUGAUGUGGAGAGUGACCCUGCUUCUCAGAUUUACUUUGCAACAAAACCAGCUUCUCCCAUUAUUGAGGAACUCCAACCCAUACCACAUGGUCUUAAAAUUUCUUGGAAGAGUGAUGUCACAUCCAAGCAAGAUAAAUAUGAUGUUGUCUACACCAGAAAUGAUACAGCUCUGUCAGUGACUCGUCAGACAGAGAAUACCCAAGUAGUGCUGGAAGAUUUGUAUCCAGGUGCUGGCUAUGAAAUUAAGGUAUAUGCUGUAUCUCAUGGCUUAUGGAGUGAACCUCAUGUGUACUUCCAAGCUGUAUAUCCAAACUCUGUGCGGAAUUUAACCAUCACUGGUACAAGUAACUCAUCCGUAAGUCUAGCAUGGCAGCCACCCAUCAACUCCCUUUCUACUCACUAUGUUGUCCGAUACCGCACUAUUGACGGAUCAGAAUGGACAGAACUUAAUCCCACCAAUCAAACUGUUGCUACUGUAGAGCAGCUAGAGGCUGGGGAACGAUACAUCAUCCAAGUGCGCUCUGUGUCACACCAUGUGGAGAGCUUCUCCCCUCAGGAAGUGGAGCAGAUCAUUCCUCCAAAUCCUGUGAGAGGUAUCGAACAUUAUUUGGAUUCUCAAAACAUUACCUUUGAGUGGCCUCGACCUGAAGGCAGGAUUGAUUAUUACACAAUACUGUGGUGGAAUGAUAUGACUCCUGAUAAAAAGAAAUCAAAACAAAUAUCUGGUGAUCAAGCAACUCAGGGCAUCAACCGUAAACUGACCGUCUUGAUUGGAGAGUUGAUGCCAGGGGAACUGUACCACUUCCAGUUCUACACCACAGCCCAUGGAGUGAAGAGUGAAAAUGUUUCCCUCUCUAGCAGAACAAGACCAGUCAUCACUUCAGAUAUCACUAUUGUUAGCCAGUCGGAGGCCCAGUCCAUGACAGUGCGCUACACCCCUACACCUGCUGCUGUGGCUAUUUUUGAUAAAUACAGAUUCAUGUUGUCGAACACAACUAUUCCAAUGAAAGAAAAAUGGGCAAAUGAUGAUGAUAGAAAGGUUGUGUUUGAAGGCCUGGUUCCUGGGCGGCUAUAUACUGUUAAUGUGUGGACUGUGUCAAAGGAGGUGACCAGCCAGCCUCUGAUACGUCAAGAUCGUCUUUAUCCCAAGUCUGUCACUGGCAUUAAUGCUACUUAUAUAUCUGACAGCGAAAUCACGUUAGCGUGGAUAAAACCUAAAGGCGACUAUGAUUAUUUUGAGGUGCAGUAUUUGAGUGAUGAUGAAUUAAUUACUAAUGACACCAAACAUGACUCUAUCACCAUUACUCAACUGCGGGCACACCGCAACUAUACCUUCACUGUGCUGACCAUUGCUGGCAAUAUAAAGAACAAAAUGAGGCAGUCUAAGUCUGUAUCUGCUACUUUCACAACUCAUGAGAGUACUCCAGGCAAGGUGGCAGAAUUUUCUCCCAUUACCGUGAUGCCCAACUAUAUUACCUUCAGGUGGUCAUUACCUCCUGAUGAAGAAAAUGGUGUUCUUUUAGGAUUCACAAUAAAAUAUGGAAUAAAGGGUUCGCCAAAUACAAAUGCUCGUAAUUUUCGCCCUGAGGAAUUGGAAGGCACCAUUACCAAUCUUACACCAGGCCAGACUUAUACAUUUGAGAUUGAGGCAAGGAAUAAAAUUGGCUCUGGGCGUGUCAAGUACUUUGAACAAAAAAUGCCCAUAGGAGCACCUCCAGACCCAGAUGAACAAGUAUAUCCAUCAGAAGUUGAACGAGGUUCCACAACCAUCCAGAUCCGUUUUCGGAAAAACUACUUCUCUGAUAUAAAUGGUCCAGUUGUUAAGUAUACCAUUAUUGUGGCUGAGGAUUAUUCAAAAUCAUCACUAGGACUGGAACUGUUAACCUGGAAGGAUGCUCAGAAAUAUGAAAAGUGGCCUCCUUAUCAAGUAACUGAACCAUAUUACCCCUUCCAUAAUAAAUCAGUAGAAGAUUAUACUAUUGGGAUAGAGAAAGACUGUGAAGUAAAAAUUGGUUAUUGUAAUGGAAGAUUAAAACCAGGAACAACAUAUAAAGUUAGAAUUCGUGCAUACACAGCUAAUGACAAGUUUGCAGAUACUGCCUAUAGUAGCUCUAUAACUACAGACUUUGAGGGAAGCAAUGUGGGCCUGGCUGUGGCAAUACCUGUGCUGUUGCUUGCAUUAGUAGUUGUAGUGAUUUUGGUAAUGAGGCAGCGAAGAGUGUGUUUCUUCCCAAAGAAGAUGGUGGAGAACAGGAAGGAUAGUGACAUGCACUCGCUUCCAGAUUCUCUCAUUGAAACUUCACGCCCUGUAAAACUCAAGGACUUUGCUGCCCAUUACCGGUUCAUGGCAGCAGAUUCCGAAUAUCACUUCUCAGAGGAGUAUGAGGCCUUGAAACAUGUUGGGCAUGAUCUCCAGCGUACUGCAGCAGACCUUCCAGUCAACAGACCCAAAAAUCGUUUCACCAACAUCCUCCCUUAUGAUCAUUCACGUUUUAAACUUCAGCCCACUGAUGAUGAAGAGGGAACAGACUACAUUAAUGGAAACUUUGUAUCUGGUUAUAAUUCUCCCAGGGAGUUUAUAGUGACUCAGGGUCCUCUGCCUUCUACAAGAGAUGACUUCUGGAGAAUGUGUUGGGAAAGUAAUUCCCGUGCCAUAGUCAUGCUAACUCGCUGCAUAGAAAAGGGUCGAGAGAAAUGUGACCACUAUUGGCCAUAUGACACCCAGCCAGUGUACUAUGGAGAUAUUCAAGUCACUAUACUCAAUGAAAGUCACUUUCCUGACUGGAAUGUCACAGAGUUCAGAGUGUGCAAGGGUGAUGUGUUUCGAGUCGUCAGACACUUCCAUUUUACAACAUGGCCAGACUUUGGUGUACCUGACCCACCACAGACUUUGGUCAGAUUUGUCAGGGCAUUCAGGGAGAGAGUUAGCCCUGAUCAAAAACCAGUUGUUGUUCACUGCAGUGCUGGUGUUGGACGAUCUGGCACUUUCAUUGCUCUGGAUCGAAUAUUAUUCAGCAUACGUACCUGUGAUUAUGUGGACAUAUUUGGUAUUGUGUAUGAGAUGCGGCGUGAGCGUGUGUGGAUGGUUCAGACAGAGCAGCAGUAUAUCUGUAUACACCAGUGUCUUCUUGCUGUGCUGGAGGGAAGAGAAAAUGAACAUUCUGUAACAGAAAUACAUGACAACCAAGGAUUUGAAGAUGAUGAAGGUAUAGCAGAGUCAGGCAUGUGACAAGAGGCUUAUGUGCUGCAGCACCUGCCAGCUUACCAUGCUAAACUAGAAAUCUCUUCCUGAGAAUAUUUUGCCAAGAUAUAUCUCCAAGGAUUUUAAAAAAUAUUGAUGAAUCUAGCAAGUUUUAUUUCUGAUAAAUUGA